AUGGCCACAGAUGAUUUCAGCUUCCCCACAGUACACAAAAGCAGUAGUACUAGUAACAACCAUUUCCCUCCUCUGUGGCGGCCAUCUCCGCCAGCCGCCUGCACAGAUGAUGAAGAAGAUCACGCAGCCCUAAUAACUAGUCCUGUGGAGAAUAUCGAGGGGGUUGAUGAUGAUCAGAUAAUAGUUAGUAGUGAUGUUCAAGAUCAGGAGAAGAAAAUGGACAUGCUAUGGGAGGAUUUCAAUGAGGAAUUGUAUCCGGUCAGGUCAACGUCGGAUUACAGUUACGUGUCCGGCGAGAUGCUGCAACUGGGUUGUGUAGGUCUUGGUGCUUUCAACUUGUCCAAAUCUAAUGCUGCUAGAAAUAGUAGUACUAUUACAAACCCAGGUGUGGUCGCGAUUGUCAAACUCUUGAAAAAGCUAUUCUUCCUCCAUAAUUCUCAUCAUCACAGCCUCAACAAACCUGCAAAACGGUGA